AUGACGCAACACUCCACUUGGUUUGACUGGCUAAGCGUGAAACGAGAGAUGGAUGUCAUGCCCACGAUAUUAUCUUGCAUUUCUGCCAGAGCUAUGGCUAUUAUUGCUACUUUAUUCUACAGACUUAUUUUGCAUCCUCUCUCCCAUCUGCCUGGCCCUCUGCCAGCCAGAUUAACAGGUCUCUGGCGCACCACAAAAUACAUUCAAGGCGACUGGCACGAUGACAUACUCUCCAUCCAUGACAAAUACGGAAGAGUGGUACGAAUUGCACCAAACGAAGUUUCUGUAGUGGACGAGUACGCCAUGAAAAACUUGUACGGCCACGGUCACAAUGCCGCCAAAACAGAUUGGUACUCCAUUUGGGACUCUCCCAUUACAGCACCUCAAUCAUUCUCGGAAUUGGACCAGAAGCAGCAUAGCUUUCUUAGAAAGCACCUGGCGAGUGCUUACUCAAUGUCUUCAGUCCUCAACUGCGAGGUCCAUAUUCAGGCCUGCCUCGAUUUACUGAUCCGAAAGCUCGAGAAAUACACCCAAGCUGGUGAAACUGUUGACAUGGCUGUACGGACUAAUGCGUUUGCAUUUGAUGUAGUUGGUGAACUCGACUAUGGUUCCCAAUUUGGCCAUCUUCAGGAAGAAAAGGACAAACGUCUAGACGACCCUAAGAUGACCGGACGAGAAGACCUUCUGGCUUAUUUCUGCCGAAUGAAGGACCUCGAAGGCAAGCUAGCUUCCUUUGUUGAAAUCUUGGUGGAGGCGAUGAAUUUAGUUGGGGCAAGAGCAGACACAAUCUCUAUUAGCAUGCGAACCUGCCUCUUUUACUUGGCAGCAAAUUCAGGAGUGCUGGCUAAGCUGAGAGAGGAAAUUGACAACUUUUACAAUGUAAAUACUUUGAAAGCACCCAUUUCUCACCUGGAAACUCAAAAGCUGCCCUAUCUGCAAGCAGUUAUCAAGGAGGCCAUUCGACUACUACCGUCCAUCGUCUUUCAGCUCCCACGACACACACCACCUGACUUUAAGGUAAGGGGUAUCAAGAUCCCGGUGAACACAAUGAUUGGAAUCAGCCCCAUAGCCCAAAAUCGCGAUCAGGAAAUAUGGGGUUCAGAUGCGAACGAGUUCCCCCCGGGCCGAUGGCUCGAAAACGAAGACAAGACAAGAUACUUUGAUCGUAGUACGAUGACAUUUGGCGGUAGCGGGCCAAGAAUGUGUAUGGGAAGGAACAUUGCGCCGGUGGAGCUGCACAAGUUCGUGGCUCAGUUCGUACACAUCUUCGACUUCAAGCUUGUCAAUACGGAUGCUCCAUGGAGAAUCAAGGCGUACUGUACCGCGUAUCAGAGCGAAGUUUUCAGGAAUAUAAGCCGACGGAAAUAA